UGAGUAUGUAGAUAACACUAUUUCAUAAUAUUUUAAUACGUUGUAAUCAUGUCUUGUCAUUAAUUAAAAUAAUGAAUUGAGUACCUAGUUAAUAUUCUUUUUAGAUUUUAUGAACUAAUUUUAAACAAAUAUUGUGUAUGUUUUUUUACUAGAAAAUAUAUCAUCACUAUGAAGACUUUAAAGGCCGAUUUUUAUUUACAUAAGACUAAGGUUUACUAUGAUAAAUCAUUUGAAUUAUUUUAUGAAAUAAAGCGUCCAUUGGAAUCUCUUGAAGUUCUUGGAAAAAUGAUAAUAUUAGACAUGCGCUUUAUUGAUGGUAUAUGUCAUGAUCAACAUGUCAAGUCCAUACUAAAAACAUUGGGAAAAUGUGAUGCAGUGUUUCUGAUGUUUUUGGAAAAUAAGGAUACAAUGAGAUAUUCGCCUUGUACAGACCAAAUUGAAGAGUUGGUAAUUAAAGGUGAAUUAAAUUUUGAAAUGAAAAAACUACAUUUUUCAAAAAUGUUAAAAGAAAAUGUGUGUAAACUCUUGAAAUGUAUGAUCAAGAUGGCUAUGACUAAAACGUCCGAAUGGCUAGCUGAGAAAGAAGAUGAACUGAAAACCAUCUAUCACUUACUGUUAAGGAAUACAGUUGGUGACAAUGAUUAUUCACAACUAAUGGUAGCUGUAAAACAAUUAUCUAGAUUUAGUGAUGAUUAAGUAACGGAUUAUCAGUUGGAUCAAAUAUACAAUUUUUACAAAAUUACAUUAUUUAAAUAAAAAAUGCAAAUAAAUCAUUACACAUUUUUUUUUUUACAUUAUACGUCCAUAUAUUAUG